AUGAUGACGAAUUGCCGUCUGCUGUGCGCCCUGUUGGUGCUCGUCCUGUGCUGCUGCCCGUCCGUGUGCGUGAAAGCUAAUGGUGUCGACGAACAGGUGGCUCCCGAUAUGCCAAAGGUACCAGGGGCACAGCUGCCAGUUAAAAAAGAAGUGGAACAAAGCAAAAGAGUAGAGAAAACAGUUAUUGCGAAUGGUACGGAAAACGCGCAAGGUAUGGUAUCCGGUGGGUCGUCCAACAAUCAAGUUGCAUCAGGUGUGUCCGGUCAGUCAAAGCUACAAACUCCUGACGUUCCGCUACAGCCACCGACUGCAACAACCGUUACGUCAGGGGCAAAAAGUGGGCCGAUUCAGUCUGAGAAAGAACAGGAAAAGGAGAUGACUGCAUCAGCAACCACGACGACCACAACCACAAAGGCACCAACUACGACUACCAAAACAACGACAACGACCGCCGCGCCAGAGGCACCAACGUCGACGUCCAGCAAUGCAGAGGCACCAACCACGACGACCACCCGCGCACCGUCACGUCUCCGUGAAAUCGACGGCAGCCUCAGCAGCUCUGCGUGUGUGUGUGCCCCGCUGCUGCUCGCCGUAUCCGCGCUGGCGUGCACCGCUGUGGGCUAA